GAGGAUGGCCUGAAGAGCGAGCCUCCAUGCCAUCCCCAAGCGUGCGCGAUACAAGACUGCAUACAGAAGAACAACUACAAGGAGGACAAGUGCCAGAGACAGAUCGAUGCUCUGUACGAGUGCUGUAACUUAUUCUACAAAAAGGAAGGCGACGAAGCCAGCACAGUGAGCUGUCCAAAGGCCAAUCUCUUGCGGCUGAAGAUGAAGCAGCGAUCGGAGGGCGUCAAAUAG